AUGAAUAACAGCACCCCUGACUACUCCCAUUAUGACGGCGUGAGCAAUGAGCCCGGGACACCUGUGGACAACCCUUCCGGCACCCCCACUCUGAGUGUUCCAGAUAUCAUUGCCCUGGUCAUCUUUGCGGCUGUCUUCGUGGUGGGAGUGCCGGGCAAUGCCCUGGUGGUCUGGGUGACAGGGUCCGAGGCCAGGCGAACCGUCAACGCCAUCUGGUUUCUCAACCUGGCCGUGGCUGACCUCCUCUCCUGCCUGGCGCUGCCCAUCUUGUUUGCGUCCAUCGUCCUGCACGGCGACUGGCCCUUCGGCUCGGCUGCCUGCUGCGUCCUGCCCUCUCUGAUCCUGCUCAACAUGUACGCCAGCAUCCUGCUCCUGGCCACCAUCAGCGCCGACCGCUUUGUGCUGGUGGUGAAUCCCGUCUGGUGCCAGAACUACCGGGGGGCCGGCUUGGCCUGGACCGCCUGUGCUGGAGCCUGGGGCUUGGCUCUGCUGCUCACCACGCCCUCUUUCCGGUACCGCUCCUUGCAUGAGGAGCACUUUCCUUACAAGUUGAGGUGUGGUGUGGACUACGGCAAAGACGGCUACGGGAAAGAGAGGGCCGUGGCCAUCGUCCGGCUGGUCGUGGGCUUCCUGGGUCCGCUGGUCACCCUUGCCGUCUGUUACACCUUCCUCCUGAUCCGAGCCUGGAGCCGCAGUGCCACACGCUCCACCAAGACCCUCAAGGUGGUGGUGGCAGUGGUGACCAGUUUCUUUAUCUUCUGGCUGCCCUACCAGGUGACGGGGAUGAUGCUAGCCUUCCUCCACAGCAGCCACCACGGCUUCAGUCUCGCGACCAGUAUCGACGCCCUGUGCGUCUCCUUGGCUUACGUCAACUGUUGCAUUAAUCCCAUCAUCUAUGUGGUCGCUGCCCAGGGGUUCCAGUCCAGGUUCCUCAAGACCCUCCCCUCCGUUCUCCGGAAAGUGUUGACCGAGGAGACUGUGAGCAGGGAGUCGAGGUCCUACACGCUCUCCACGAUGGACACUCCAUCCCAGAAGAUCCAGGCCGCGUAAGGGGAGCCCUCCCAGGCCACCAUCUGCCCCGGGACCCUCA